AGCAGCCAAGCAGCACUUAAUCAGAAUGAAAUUACUCCAGCUUCGGCAUGUCUCCUUUCCCUCAAAACCCAUCAUCUCACUCGUCUCCCAACCUUCCAUUGCAGCACUAUCUUCUUCUACUUCUUCUUCUUCGUCUAGUGAAGUUUCUCCUGCAUCAAAACCCGGCACCAACUCAACUCUAACCCAAGAAGAGCUCACAGAGAUCAACCUCCUCCUCCCACGCCUCUGCCUCUCAAACCACCUCCCCAAAGCAAUCCACCUCACCUCCACAGUCCUCCUCACAAACCCACCUCCCAAAUCCCUUUCUCUUUCCAUUCUCGUCGACUCCCUCACUUCCCAGCCCGACAUGGCCCUCCCCAUGUCCCUCCUCACCCGCCUCAAGCACAAUCCAGUGGCACAUUCUCACCUCACUCCCAUCACCACCGUGCUCAUUGCUUCGUAUUUCAUGAAGCACAAGCCCAAGGAGGCCUUGAAAGUCUUUAACUGGAUGGUGAGGCCGGGCUCGCCGUGUGUGCUGGAUGAGAAGGCUUGCGGAAUUCUGGUUUGUGGGUUUUGUAAGCAGGGGAUGGUUCUUGAGGCCUUGAAGGUUUUGAGGGCGAUGGUGGGUGUGAAUUUGGUGCCGGGAAGAGAGUUGGGGACGUGGGUUUAUAGGCGUUUGCUGAGAGAGGCAAAGAUUAAGGAAGCGAUGGAGUUGAAUCAGGCUUUGGGCUUGGUUAAGGAUGUUGGUGGUGAUGAGGCUGUGAAGAAGGUUUUGGUAUUAUUGGAUGACAUGAUUGCCAUUUGGACAGACUAGAGCAGAAGACCACCUAUGGCAACGAUUGCAAGAGGCAGGCCCUCACAUUUUCUGACAAUGUCCAGUGACAAUCUCACCAACUCUAUGGGACAACUCCUCUGAAACUCAGAUUGGAAUGCCUUUCUGCAAAACAAUUCCCAAGCCUUUUCUUGAGACAGAGGUUGCAGCUUGUGGACCUGAUCAGAUGAAGAUUCUUUACAACAAGUGCCAACAUGAUCACUACGUGUUGUGAUGAUUAUCCUGCUGCCUCUGUUAUGGCAUGGUAAAGCAUGUUUUACAAUGUCCCAAAAUUGUAACUUCCAGACAUCGUCAAAAACCACAACAUACUUCUUUUGCUGGAAAUAUUGCCUCAGCUUGCAAAUAAUUGUGAUUUCGUCCAUCAUGUCUAUUUCCCCUGGAGCAAAUUUUUUUGCCUGCUGGAUUUGCUUUGUCAUGGCCAUGAGUAUCUUCUGCAUGUUGUAUAAUUGAGACAUUGUAA